CGCUUUCUGUCUUGUUGUGCCAAAUCCCGCAUUCCUUCCCUCUCAACCCUCUCUUUCUUUAUCUCGGGGGUUUUUUUUUAUAUAUCUAUUCGACCGUAAUCAAAAUGAAUAUCGUCGAGUGGGCAUUCGGGAAACGAAUGACGCCCGCAGAGCGUCUCCGUAAACACCAAAGAGCGCUGGACAGGACACAGCGAGAACUGGACAGGGAGAGGGUCAAGUUAGAGAACCAGGAGAAGAAAUUGGUGCAGGAUAUUAAAAAGAGCGCCAAGAAUGGCCAGAUCGGGGCUUGCAAGAUCCAGGCGAAAGACCUGGUCCGCACAAGAAGGUAUAUUCAGAAGUUUUACCAAAUGCGGACUCAGUUACAGGCGAUCUCCCUGCGAAUCCAGACGGUCCGAAGCAAUGAACAGAUGAUGCAGUCCAUGAAAGGCGCCACCAUGCUACUAGGUAGCAUGAACCGGCAGAUGAACCUUCCCGCGCUCCAACGAAUUGCGAUGGAAUUCGAACGAGAGAACGAUAUCAUGGACCAACGGCAAGAGAUGAUGGAUGAUGCGAUCGAUGAAGCGACCGGAUUAGAUGGCGAAGAAGAGGAAGGGGAAGAUAUUGUCAAAGAGGUUUUGGACGAAAUUGGUGUAGACCUGGGCCAGGCGCUUGGCGAAACACCGACAGGCAUCCAGACAAAUGCCGUCAGCGAAGGUCGAGUUGCACAGGCAGUUGGAGCCGGGGGAGCCGGGGGAGCGAGCGAUGACGAUCUCCAAGCAAGGCUGGACAGCCUUCGGCGGUGACAACAUUUGCCACCCAUCAGAUUCUAUAGAGUCAUCCUAGGAAGCCUCUCUUUUUUACCCCAAGAGCUGUGUUGAAUCCGUGAGCGCCACAUGUGCAUCGAUUACGCUGUCCUUGUUCCCUCUAUCUCCGGAGAAUCUUCACCCAUCCCUGCCCUGGCAACUGAUACCCGCGGCCUUGGCCUGAAGACAGAAUUUUUCAUGACCACGAAAGUAUUGAAGUUAUUGAGUUCUAUCGAUAAUCAUGUAGAUUUGAGCCUAAUUGAGACU